GAGCGAGGGGGAGGGCGCCAGAGCUCUGCGGCGCCCUACUUGGUCUCUGCCGGCUGGUGGUGGCUCCGGGUUCCCCUGCGCUGGUGCUCACCGUCUCAGGCUCUCCGCCCGCCCUCGCUCCCGCUCCCGAGCGCGGAGGCGAGCCGCAGCCCGGCGCGGCGGUGGGCGUGUGCGCGCUGAAGGACGCCUCCUCUCGCUCCGUGUUGCAGGCGGCGGCUGGCGGCUCCGGCUCGGGCAGCGGCGGCGGCUUCCGGAGUCCCGCGGCGAAGAUGCUGAAAGUCACGGUGCCCUCCUGUUCCUCGUCCUGCUCCUCGGUCACUGCCAAUGCCCCAGGGUCUGGGAACCUCGUCCCGGAUUACUGGAUCGACGGCUCCAACCGGGAUGCUCUGAGCAAUUUCUUCGAGGUGGAGUCAGAGCUGGGACGGUGGACAAAAAGAUUGUCAGAACUGAGAUAGGAGUUCUGCUGCGCCUCUCACACCCGAACAUCAUAAAACUUAAGGAAAUAUUUGAAACGCCCAUGGAAAUCAGUCUGGUCCUUGAGCUCGUCACGGGAGGAGAGCUGUUUGACAGGAUUGUGGAAAAGGGAUAUUACAGCGAGCGUGAUGCUGCGGACGCCGUGAAGCAAAUCCUGGAGGCCGUGGCUUACCUGCAUGAAAAUGGGAUUGUCCAUCGUGAUCUCAAACCAGAGAAUCUUCUCUAUGCAACUCCAGCCCCAGAUGCACCUCUCAAAAUUGCUGAUUUUGGACUUUCUAAAAUUGUGGAACACCAAGUGCUCAUGAAGACAGUGUGUGGAACCCCGGGGUACUGCGCACCUGAGAUUCUCCGAGGCUGUGCCUAUGGACCGGAAGUGGACAUGUGGUCUGUAGGAAUAAUCACCUACAUCUUACUUUGUGGAUUUGAACCGUUCUAUGACGAAAGAGGCGACCAGUUCAUGUUCAGGAGAAUUCUGAAUUGUGAAUAUUACUUUAUCUCCCCCUGGUGGGAUGAAGUAUCUCUAAAUGCCAAGGACUUGGUCAGAAAACUAAUUGUUUUGGAUCCCAAAAAACGACUGACUACGUUUCAAGCCCUCCAGCACCCGUGGGUCACGGGAAAAGCAGCCAACUUUGUGCACAUGGACACGGCUCAGAAGAAGCUCCAAGAAUUCAAUGCUCGGCGCAAGCUUAAGGCAGCAGUGAAGGCUGUGGUGGCCUCUUCUCGACUGGGAAGUGCCAGCAGCAGCAGCAGCCACAGCAGCAUCCAGGAGAGCCAGAAGGCCAGCCCAGAUCCAUCUUCAACCGAGGAUGUUACUGACAACACAGCUGUUCUGGGAAAAAAGAUGCAAGAAGACCAGGUGGCUGCUGAGAUGACAGCGCUGCAGGCCGAGGGCCAGGAGAAGGAUGCAGGUGGGAAAAACGAGGAGGUCUCCAGGAUGGUGAUUCAGGCGCUGGAGGAUGGCUUGAAGACACGUGACCCCACAAUGAAGAGGCGCUCGGUGGAGAAGCUGAAGACUGUGGGGGAAGAAAUGGACCCCAAAGCUGAGGAGGAAGGCCCUGCUGCGGAAGCACAGGAUGUGAUUCUGCCAGAGUACUAAUCUGGCUUCCUUUAGGUUCAGAGACCAAGCCAAACAUUUGAUGUACUUUGUCCUUCAGCAAGGAAGGUGGGGGAGCAUGACAUGCACUAUUGUGAUUCUGUUUUGAGGUG